CAGCGUUUGUUUUGACACAUGUCCUAAUUAACCUAAAAGUUGUGAAGUUAAACAUCAACAAUUCGCAAAAAAGAUCUAAAAAGAAACAUUGGGAAUGGCUGAUGAAAACGAUAACGAGCGAAUAGACGAGAACCAAAGGCCAGACAAAAUGUUUACGUUAAAAAAAUGGAACGCCGUUGCAAUGUGGAGUUGGGACGUAGAGUGUGACACUUGUGCUAUUUGCAGAGUGCAAGUUAUGGAUGCUUGCUUGAGAUGCCAGGCCGAGAGCAAAAAGGAUUCGUAUGGAAAGCAGGACUGUGUAGUGGUGUGGGGUGAAUGUAAUCACUCAUUUCAUUACUGUUGUAUGUCUUUGUGGGUGAAACAGAACAACCGAUGUCCUCUAUGUCAGCAAGAAUGGUCCAUUCAACGAAUGGGGAAAUAGUUCAAGACCCAAAAGUAACAUGUUGGAAAGUUGUUCCCAUAUUUUGUCCGGGAAAGGAUCUGUACGAUAUUAAAUAAUGAUCAAAUCAAA